CUUUUUUCAAAACUGCCUAUUUUCUCCAAGCUGAGAUUAUCCUAAUAAGCCCUAAUGUUCUGGCUGUCCAGGCGAUACUGGUUAUGGCAUGCUUCUUGAAGAGAACGGCGGACUUACGGACUAUGAUACUUCUCAUCUCCUCGGCAAUGAGGAUGAUACAGCUCUUGGGGUUUCACAAGGAAAGUCCUGACCUAGAAUUGAGUCCCGCGGAGGCAGAGCAACGGCGUCGUAUAUUUUGGACAGCGUUCCUACUUGAUACGACUUCAAGCAUAAAAGCAAAACAGCAUCCUGCCCUCGAACUGGACAACAUUCAAGUUCAUCUACCGGAUGAGAAUCUCCUUAGGGGAGUUCGGGAUCUCAACUCUACACAUGCGGUGGACAAUAUUAAGAUCUUCAAGCUAAGGGUCCAACUGGCCAUCAUCGAGUCGAGGGUACACAGACAUUUGCUGAACAGGACGUACGAUAGAGUUCAAGGGAUGUCGACGAUUAACGAAAUCUCGCAGCUUCGGGAUGAGCUAACAGCUUGGCGGGACGCUGUGCCACCGGCUGUCCGACCAGAAUACCAUCUCCAUCCAAACCCGGCAAGCCUGAGCAGUUCAGUUACCGCUCUGCAUCUUGCGUACUACGAUUGUGUAGGCAUGAUCCGCGCCGCUGCAGAACUCUAUAAUUCAGAAGAGAUACGAAUUAGUAAUAUAGCGCAACACCUACCAUCGCCGGCUAUGGAUCGUCUAGGCUUCUUCACCGACAAUUGCGCUAGAGCUGCCCGAGCAACUCUUGCCAUGACCCCCUGCCUGGAAACUCUACCGCUCGUAGAGAUUUGGUAGGCAAAGGACCUCUUCAGUAGUUCACCGUGGUUAACUUACCAAGGGAACCACUACAGAGCAUGUUUUCAGCGACUCUCGCGCUGCUUUCAGCCGUGAUUAGGAAUCCAGAAGAUGACUACGCGUUGACGAGCGUCAAACAUAUGGCCUCCUUUGUCCGAUUCCUAGAGAACCUACAACGAGAC